AACUUUUUGAAAAUCUGAUAUCACUUUGACAUGAAAAUUAAAAGCGUCAUUUUCAUUCAACAUAUCAAAUUACAAGUAGCAGCAAUAAAAUUUAUUAUUUUUAAAAUGGCCAACGCAAAGGGCACUCAAGUUCAGAGUAAACCAAAAAAUUUAAAAUCAGAGGCUUGUCCUUGGCUCUGCAAUUCAGUGCCCAUUAAUGUGCCAGGGCCAGGUAAAGCUCAAGCUGUUCUACAUCCCGGGAAAGACGUUUUUGUGUUAAAGGUGGCCAAAAUUGGUGCCAAUGGCGAUCGCCGAUGUAAGAUGGAACUUGAGCUGGUAACUCCAAAGAGCUCUGAUAAAAGUGCCCCUUAUCGGGUAGACACAAGAGACACACAAUGCGAUCCCGACCCGCCGCCAUGCGGUUGCUGUAACAAGAUUUGCAAGAAGAAGAGAAAAUAGGCGAAAGAAACUCGUGAACCAAUGGAAAUUUAAAAGAAUAUUUUAUUAUAUUUAUCCCUUUAUUUAUCAUAAAACUUCGUGAGUGAAACAA